AUGCAGCCCACCACCACCACCGUCGGCGUCCUCGCUCUCCAGGGCGGCUUCGCCGAGCACGUCGCCCUCGUCCGCAAGGCCGCCGCCCAGCUCGCCGACGCAUUCCCGACCGCCAUCGAGGCCAUCGAGGUGCGCACCCCGGACGAGCUGGCCCACUGCGACGCCCUCAUCAUCCCCGGCGGCGAGAGCACCACCAUUUCCUUUGUCGCCGCCCAGUCCGGCCUCCUCGAGCCUCUGCGCCAGUUUGUCAAGGUCCUCAAGAAGCCCACGUGGGGCACCUGCGCCGGCCUCAUCCUCCUCUCCGAACAGGCCAACGCCACCAAAAAGGGCGGCCAGGAGCUCAUCGGCGGCCUCGACGUCCGCGUCCACCGCAACCACUUCGGCCGCCAGAUUGAGAGCUUCAUCGCGCCCCUCGACCUGCCCUUCCUGCCCGACGCCAAGACCAAGCCCUUUGACGGCGUCUUCAUCCGCGCCCCCGUCGUCGAAGAGGUCCUCUCCGCGGCGACUAAGCAGACCUCGGGCGUCACCGUCGUAGCGACCCUCCCCGACCGCGUCAACAAGGCCAAGCCGAAGACGGUCGUCUCCGAGGCCAACGUCAAGGACAAUGCGGGCGACAUUAUCGCGGUGCGCCAGGGCAACGUGCUGGGCACGAGCUUCCACCCCGAGCUGACGCCGGACGCGAGAAUGCACGCCUGGUUCCUGCAAGAGUUUGUGCAGCCGAAAUGA